ACGUUUGCAUAUGAAAGUGUUUUAGAUUCAACGAAAAAUCCCGUUCCAGCUUUACUUCACAAAAUCGAAGGUCAUGUAGCCCGUGUAAACGAUGUGAUAUUACUAUCAAAAGAAGAAGGUGUGUGGACGUGCAGUGACGACCGAUCCGUUAGGCUGUAUCUGAAAAGAGACAAUGGGCAGUUUUGGCCUUCUAUCCACAAAAUCAUGCCAGUCGCACCUACUUGCCUUUACUAUAGCGAAGAAACUUCUCGACUUCUCGUUGGCCUCCUCAAUGGUCAUGUAUAUGAAUACCAUGUAGCGGAUGAUUAUAACUCGAUGAGUGAUCCAGAGGCAAGAAGUUCGCAAAAAAACCCGAUUGCUUGCUUACCUAUCAAAAUCUCUGUGUUAUUUCUGGGUGUUAUAACAGAAUUAAACAGGUGGACUAUCCAUGCUGGACCUAUAUCGGGCUUGGGAAUAGCCUUGAAUGCUGAGCUUGUGUUCAGUUGUUCAAAAGAUAAGUCAGUAGUGUGGCACUGUUCCGAGACUGGGAUUAAGCGUGGUAGAAAUCUUUUUAUUUUAAUGAAUAUUGCUCGCCUGUCUAAAUCGAUCUUCUAUGUGUCAGGUGCAUUCCACUGUGAUAGCAGUUGUACGGCAAUGGCCAUAGAUUUGCCUUUUGUAUUCAUCGGUGAUCAUGGAGGAAAUGUGGUUGUGCUUAGACUUAGCGGAGAUACAGCCCAGAUGGUUAGCAAAUUGAGCGCUCAUACAGGUUGUUUUGCCUGGAUUUAUAUUGUUUGCCUAUGUGUUAAACUAACUAUGGAAGCCCUAUUCUCAGGACCAGUUUCUUCCUUAGCAUGGAAUAGGGUCAAAGAAAUUCUCUAUUCUGGAAGCCAUGACAAUCUAGUAAUUAUGUGGGAUAUUGGUGGAAAGCGAGGUGAAGCCUAUGAACUGAAGUGAGA